AUCUGGCUAUGGUCACUUUAUUGCCGCAUCAUGUUUGACAAGCAAAUUUCAGUAAAUAUAAAUUAAAAAAACUUAUUGCAACAGAAAAGUGGGGGCGCUAUGUUUCUUAAGGUGCAGACAUGAUGCUCCAGCUGCUUGUAUUCUGCCUGGUGCUCUUUAUACUCCUUUAUUGGGUCUUGCCCACGGUCAUUAGCUGGUAUCUGAUCAAGCGGUUUCGGGUCAAAGUUCGGAUCGGACGUAUCUCGCUGCCAUAUCUGUCCCUGAAGAAUGUGCACAUCAGCAAGAGCGGAUUCUCGGUGCAAAUCGAGGAGGUGUGCCUGCGCAGCAGCUUCUUCACCACCGAAGUGACCAAGCUGCUUUCAAUUUACAUCCGUGACAUUCGCAUCAACAAGGACAUACGCAACUGGCAGGAUGUUGACACCGAUGACGACCCGCUCCAGCAACUGCCCGCGAUGCCCUCGUCUAAGGAGGCAAAGGGUGUGCCGGACUUUCGGCAGACCAAGGUGCCGGCCAGCAUCAUCACCUUCGCACAAUUUAUGGCCGUCCAUGUGAACAACAUAUCGGUGGUGCUGAUGAAUAAUGACUUUGAUCCCGGCUGGUUCCUGCAUGCGACGGCCAAGGAACUGCAUCUGGAUGGGAGCAUCGUGCAGAAUGCUCGAGUCCUCCUGGUGAAUGCGGCGCUGAGCGAGGCGCAAGCCAAGAUGCUGAGGCACUGCAGCUCCAGACGGCAGUCAUUAGAGAAUCUAAACAAAAUACGGCCCUGUCUGGGAGAGGUUAGCUUUGAUGUGACCCUGGACGCCUCGCUCUUUGCCCAGGGACCGCUUUCCAUGGAUACACUUAGUCUGGUAAUCAACAAUGCCAAAUCCGUCAUCCAUGGCGGACUGUACGAGUUUCUCAGCGAGGCCAAGCGCAGGACGUCGACGACGACGGGCCACCAGGCAAGGCGAACGACUCGGGUCUUAGGUUCACCCAAGAGCAGCUAUGAUAAUGACAACUAUGAGAAGCUGGCGCCGAUUAUACCAAAGAACUUUAAUUUUAGCAUCAAGGCGGCUACAUUUUCCGCCGUCAAGGAGAACUCGCAGAACGAUUUUAGUGCCAAGCUGCAGUUGUUUCAUAUCACGGGCAAGUUCAAUUCAAAAGUCACCGAUGAAAAGACCUUGCUGCCUUCCAUGCUGGCCAAGUUGGUGUUCCAGCAUUUGGAUAUAGACACCAAGUACGAAAAGCUGUUGUUUGUAGAGCAGUUCACAAUAGAUUCGGUGCUAGAGAAGGACAUCUUUAAUCUGUAUGUGAAGCUCAAGACAUUCCAGAUAAUCUACAAUCACAGCGAGAUCUUUGAUUUUGUCAACAACAAUUUCCUCGCACGACAGCGCUCGAGCGGAGGGGCCUCGCAGCAGCUGCCGCUCCAACUGAUUCACAAGCAGAAGUCUCUGCCAGAUCAUCUGUGCUUGGACAAGGCGUCCGAGGACUGCCUGCAGGCAAAGAACCGCCGCGAAGGUGGCAUCCUCGAAUGGAUAAUGCAGCGCAUCGUUGUCAAGGGCUGUGCUGAGCUGUUCAAUGUCUCGCUUCUGAUGCAGCUGGAGGACGAGAACAUAGCCAUGAGUGUCAGCCACACGCGGUUUCUGCUGGAACAGAUUGAGGAAAAGCGGAGCUCGCGGUAUGACAACAAGUUCCUUAACCUCCUGCUGAAUCAGCGUCAGUGGACCAUGGAGCUGAUGGUAGAGACGCUAUGGUCCAACCUGGGUAACUCUAUCAACGAUACAAACAAUCUGAAGAAGACCCACUCGCCUGGAUCGCCGUUCUUCUUGGGCGUGAGCCUGGUCAAGCUAUGCUCUUAUGCCAACACCACAAAACUGGACAUUUCGGUGCACACCUUCCGCACGGAAUACAGCAUGCAAUUGGCGGAGUUUGUGGUCAAGUCAAUGGAGUGCCUGCGGCAGUAUCGAGGCCUAGAGCCAAAGAGGACAAGCUCAGGACGUUCCAGGCACAGCGCCGUUCAGAACCUAACUGAUCUGCCAUUAUCGUCGUCAUCGUCAUCAUCUACCUCACUGCGCGUGUCCGUCAAAAUCAAGGACAUCACGGCCUAUUUUGUAAACCAUCACAACGCCUACAUGCUGCUCAGCUUCUCCGAGCUUUACCUGUCGCGAGCCCAGCACGUAGCCACGCUGAAGCUAGAGGAAUUCCAAAUGGCCAUCAUGCGGUCGAUGAAGGCCUCGUCGCUGUGUCUCACUGACUUCGCGGAUGUGUUUGCCACCUGCAAAACGAUUCGCUUAGAGCACGAACAGGUGGAGGGCGCCCUGGGCAAGCUGUCCAUUUACAUACCUUGCAACACGGACGCCACCUGGAACUCCAACCUGCACAUGCAUCUGCUCACCCUGGUGAGGGACAUGGUAGAUCUGAAGACGGAGCUAGCCCUGCCCGCAUCGCCGGCGAAGAAGGCAGCUCCUCGCGGAGGAUUAGUCGUAGAAUUAUCUGCGGAACGAAGCACAAUUUUCGAGAUAAAGCUCUCCGAACGCCACUCCGUCCAGAUAUUUGUGGAGAGCCUUUUCUUCAGCCACAAGGAUCGGAACAUAAUCUACGCGGAGAAUGUCUUUGUCAAGAUCGACGAUCAGCACAUCUUUACGGUGAAGGAGCUGGACAUGCAGUCGGUUCCACGGCUGGAGGUGCUCACCCAAGAGCGCCUCAACUUCCCCGGCUUUCAGUUGCUCUCCAACAGGGUGUGGGUCACCACGAUCGGCUCCUUCAAGGCCAUAUUCCCCUAUGACCACGACUUCUACAAUGCCAUCAACAGCGAGUGCGUGUCCCACUUCAAAUGGCUGAAGUUGGUCCACAACUACAAGAAGAAACCAUUUACGGUGGAUUCUCCGCUGCCCUGUGAUUUGGUCAUCAAGAUCAAGGAGUUCCUGCUGGAGAUAAGCGACGAUCCCUUCGAAGUGAAGCUGCGCGACAACUACGUCCUUCUGGUCGACGAGUAUCUGGAGAGUCUAAAGCGGAAGGCAGUGUUUGACAAGAAGAUUGCCGAGCUGUGUGCGGAACGCCUCCUGCUGCCCGCUGGGACCAUCGAGAGCCUGUACGCGAAUCUGGUAAAGAAGAACUCGGAAAUCUACAUACAACGCUCGAAAAAGAUCCGCGAAAGCGGUCCCGUCCGCACACGCCUCCUGGCUUGGAUUAUGACGGAUGUGGAGAUCAUGGCAAUGGCUGAUACCUCUAUACAUGGUUACGAUAAUGUGACACGCAUGAUGCGGGAGAUCGAUCACGAGAGCCCCUGGCCGGAGGAGGGCCUGGAGUUCACCACGCUGUGGUGUCGAGGCGUCAACAUCAGCUGCUCCGAGUGGAAGUUCAUGCUGAGGGACUUUCCGCAGCCAAUGUUUUAUGUGAAAAGCAUGCGGCUUUAUGGAAAUCUCUGUGGCGCCGAGCAGAUGGGAUCCAAACGGGCAAAACGCGAUGUCUUCAUUGAAGUGGGCGAACCUUUUGGAACCGAUGUCAUCCAGCGCAGCAUGCCGUCGCUAAAGUUCUACCACGACUUUGACUGCGAACUGGAGAGCUGCAGUUAUGCCUUUGGAGCCUGCUGGGAGCCCGUGAUGGCCCAGUGCAAUCUGAGCUUCGAAAAGAUCUCGGCCCCGUCCAAGGAUCCCUCGCCUCCGCUGCCAUUUUGGGACAAGUUGCGACUGCUUCUGCACGGACGACUAACCCUGAUAGCCAAGCAGUUCACCAUACUGCUCCACGCCUCCCUGGAUCCGUACAACACUACGGAGGAAAUGGAGCUGACGUGGAACAACUGCGGCAUAGUAUUGACGAAUGCCAAGAUCAUGUUCAAGGGAGAGCUGAACGUUACCGUUCGAACGGCAUCCCGCUACGACGAUUGUCGCCUGCUGCACUUCCCCAACUUGAAGCUGACUGUGAAGCUCAAUUGGGUGUGCCUUGCCAAUCCAAAUGAUCAUCAUGCCGUCAUGCCAUGUGCCCCAAACAAGCUGCCCGAGUACUCAAGCAACCAGGUCCACGAUUCGUUCCGUGCUUUCCGGUCGCUGAAUCUAAACAUUUGGAUAUCGUUUGAAACGAAGCCAAAGGCGGGCGAAGACCUGGAGGUGGAUAUACCCAGCCUGGUGCUGUACGGAAGCACGUUGCGCUGGUUCGAGAGCCUCCAGCUUAUCCUAUCAGGCGUGACGAGACCGACGCGACGUGGACCGGUCUUCAAUAACGUACGACCCAGGAAAAAGCCACUCAGCAGGCACUACAAGAAGGCCAACCUGCAGAUGUGCCUGCACAAGUUCCAGGUGCUCUACUGGAUGUCGCACGCCCUGCAAAAAGGCUUCCAGCUGAAUGGCCGACGUGUGUCCUUCAGUUCCGAGCACUCGCUGUCCCUCAACCCGGUAGAGGAUGGCCUCAUUCAUCGGCCGAAGGCGGACUGGUCAACGAUCUACAUGAACUGUGAGCUCAACGAUGCCGAGAUCUGGCUGAAGAGCAUUGUUACCGAGAAGAUGGACAGCAGCUCUGAGAACCUGGCCGCUAGUGCAGCCGCCGAUGCCUUUAAGAUCGUUCGCUUCUACUUUCUCAGCGUGGCCAAGGUGUCCUAUGGACGCGAGGCUCUAAUACCCGCGGCGGCCGCCACUACAGAGGAGGAUGUCAAGGCAAAGUCGACGACGCCCACGCAUAAGCUGGUCGUGUACGACCUAAAAGGCGCCUGGACCAAGAGCAAUCGCGAUGUGGCCUUUGCCCUGUUCGAUUCCUUUAUGAAGUCGCAGAAGCUGAAGAAUAACCUCUCCACGGAGGCGGUGAAGAGCUAUCGCAAGGAGGGUGCCGGCAAUUCGGCGGUGCUGAAGCAUAAGCGAAGCGAUAGCACCAUAACCCUGUCCAGUGCGAGCAACGAAGGACUGCCAAGUGCCUCGCUAAAGAAGGCGCCCGCCCAGAUCCAUGCUACCGCCAUGCUCCAACAGCUCAUCGCCGAGGCGGACCACAAGUUCAAUGUGUACAGCGAUGAUCAUAGCACUCAGUCGAGGGAGCUGCAGCUCCAGGGACUGCAGGCUUGCUCCGCCCAGGACAUUAUUCAUGAGAAUUGGUCCAUUAGUUUGGUCAACUCACAAGUGCUGCUCAAGGGCUGCGAGACGUCCGGCUAUGUUAUCAUCAGUGCAGCCAAGGCGGAGAUAUUGCAACGCGAACACCGCCCUGUUUGGCGGGAGCGCUCCCUCAUCUCGAAGACCACCUGGAAGGGAUUGCUGGAGUGCAUGCAGUACUAUGCCACCGUGAGUGCUGGUGAUAAUAACUCCCUGCUGGAGAAGGAGAUUAUGUGGCUGACAGUGGACAAUAUCCAAGACAAGGACGAGACGGUGAUCAAUAACUUGCCCGAGGAUAUUUCCCAUUUGGUGGGCAGUGGACGCAGUGUGGGAGGUGUUGUCUCUGAGACAGUGGGCGCCUUCCUCAGCGAUAAUUCCGGUGAGGCCCAGCCCGUCCAGCUGCAACGCAUCGUGUCCAAAUGUAAGUGCGAGUUCUUCUACGUGAGCUACGGCGAUGCCAUCGAUCCGAAUAGCAUUACUGAGGUGCCGCCGCCACCUUCCGAGGAGCUUCUAUCGCCGUGGGAGAAGCAGGACGAUCCCGUCGAUGCUUUCACCUUGAUGCAUCACGACCUAGACGUCUGCACCAACUCGCUGCAGUACGCCAUGAUCCUGGACAUCGUGAACAACCUACUGCUUUACGUAGAACCGCAACGCAAGCAGGCGGCGGAGAAGCUCACCCGCAUGCGCUUCCAGCUGCAGCUGCACUCCACGGAGGACCAGAAACGGCCCAUUCAGCAAAAGCAGACGGUGAUCCGCAGCCUGCUGAUGAAGAUUCGGUCGCUGGAGAAAGACAUACACAUGAUCAGCAAGGAGCGGGUGGAGGAUGGCGACACCCUGGAGCUGCGAGCGGAGUACGAGCAUGUCCAGCAGAUGAUCCGCGAGAGCAAGGAGGAGCUGAACACGUACAGCGAGGACCUGGACAUGAUGCUGCUGUGCUACAAGGAGACCCAGCUGUCGCAGCUCAGUAAGAUCCUGAAUGUGCGAUCCGACGAAUCCGUGACCAUGGUGCGGACCAACGAGAUCUGCUUCAAGCGGGCCCAGUGGCGGCUCACGGAGACGGAUGGUCAGAUCGGCAUAGCCGAUCUCGUUCUCAGCGCCUUCCUCUACACCAAAAAGUCGAAGAGCGACGAUUCCGUGGAGCAUCUGCUGGAGCUGGGGAACAUACGCAUGGAGAACCUCUUGCCGCGCGAAAUCUAUCGUGAUGUCCUGCUGGCCACCGAGAUACAGAAGGACAUGCCAGUGGAUACGCACAAGCGGGUGCUGCGCAUCUUCUGCCGGGAGAAGGCGCCAGUGGGCGGGAUCUCGGUGAAGGAGCACUUUGAGAUCAAUGUGGCCCCCAUCACCAUAGCCAUCACGAAGAAAUUCUACAGCACCAUGCUCAAGUUCUGCUUCCCGGAUCGCGACGCCUCCGAGACGGAGGUCAGCGACGAGCUGGACGACAAUGCCUCCACCAGUUCGGCUUCCACAACAAAUUUACAAGCGGUCAAGCCUUCGUCAUCGUCCUCGGCGUCAUCGUCGUCGAUGUCGACCAAGCGCUCUGGUAAGUCCAAGAAGGGCUCCAAGGACUCGGAGUUCUAUGUGAAGAUCGAAAAGGACGAUGUAGAGAAGAUGAAGGAGCGCGCCGAGAAGAACAAGCUCUUUAUCUACAUCAAGAUACCAGAGGUGCCCGUCCGCGUCUCCUACAAGGGCAACAAGGAGAAGAAUCUGGAGGAUAUUACGGACUACUCCCUAGUCAUACCCACGCUGGAGUAUCACAAUGUUACCUGGACCUGGCUGGAUCUAUUGCUGGCCAUGAAAUCGGUAAGCCGUCGGGUGAUAUUCUCGCAGGCCAUCAAGCAGAAGCUACAUAUCCAUCAGCGACAGCCCAUCCUUUCCGCCGGCGAACGAGCCACACCCCAGGAGGCAGAGGACAAGGCAGUGAUGCUGUUCGGCAAUCGGUUGCUGAACGAGAACAAGAGCCAGAAAAAGGGUGGCGUCUUCAAGUUCUCCUCCAGCGGGAAGUGAUGAAGCUCCGCAGACAGGAAACAAAAGGAUACUUAACCAAGUUUGUAUGCUUUAUCUAUUUAUAUUUAUUAUUACUGUGUACGUUCAAAGGAUGUACGAAAAUACAAUGUGCAACUUGCUGUGCUGACCAGGACUUGGCAGGACUUGACUGCUUAACAGGAAUGUCGAGUCGCCCGCUUAACAAAUACGAUUCACAUACACUUCAAUCACACACUCAAGUAUUAAGCUACUGCAACUCUUUAAAUAUAAUAUAUAAUAUAUGUUUCGUUUGUUGUUAGCAAUAAAGAAGGGCAUGGAGCAGACGUAGUUUAAUUUUUACACACA